AUGUCUGAAAGAAAAGCUAUAAACAAAUACUACCCUCCGGAUUACAAUCCGUUGGAGGCCGAAAAGUUGUCUAGAAAAAUGGCCAAGAACUUGAAGACCAUGAAUAAGAGCCAUGCAUCGAUUAGAUUAAUGACGCCUUUCAGUAUGAGAUGUCUAGAAUGUAACGAAUAUAUUCCGAAAAGCAGAAAAUUCAAUGGUAAAAAGGAAUUACUAAAGGAGAAGUACCUGGAUUCAAUCAAGAUAUAUAGACUUACCAUUUCAUGCCCGCGUUGCGCCAAUUCCAUCGCGUUCAGGACAGACCCUGGUAAUUCAGAUUAUGUCAUGGAAAUAGGAGGCGUGAGAAACUAUAUUCCGCAGAAACCAAACGAUUCUUCUAACUCCAAAGCGGCUGUCGAAACUGUCGACGAGACUCUACAGCGGUUAGUGAGGGAAAAAGAAAUGGAGCAGAAUGAGAAAAUGGGCAUAAAAGAUAAGGCAGAUGACAAGAUGGAUCUGCUAGAAAAACGGUUGGCUAAAAUUCAACAAGAACAAGAGGAUGACGAAGAACUUGAAAACUUGAGGAAAAGAAAUCUUGAAAUGAGUCAAAGAGCAGAAAUAAUAAGCCGCAGCAAACACUCACAAAAAGAAGGAGUGGCAAUGGCAGAUGAUCUGGACAGUCUCGUGGAACAAGCGUUCGAUAAGCACAGGCAGAGCCCUAGCAAACCUGACAACAACAAGAACGAUAAAAAGAGGACACCAUUGUUCAAUCCUAUAUCCACCAAGGGAAAGAUUCUAAAAAAAAACUCCUCGCGCACUAACCCAUUAGGAAUAGUUGUAAAACGAGGCAGGUCUUUAAAGUGA